AUGAGCCUCUUGGAGAAGGUCGAGAUUGCUAGCCCGGCGCUCUUUCGUGUCAUGAACUGGGUCUCGUCACACAGCGCCGACGUGUUAGCCUUCCUCAGAGAUGCACGUAAACUAAUUACUGUUUACUUGCCUGCUAUUUCGCAAUCGACGCCACAUAUAUACGUUUCUUUCCUUUUAUUCGCAUCGAUGGACUCAAAAUUUUUGAUGCAUCAUUUGAAAUGUGAUCUACCAACUGUACGAGUAGAGCAAAUAGGUGUGAAGCAGCGGUCGCCGUUCUUGAAGGAGCUUACGGGGCACUAUGGCGCCGUAAGGUCCGUUGUUUUCUCGCCCGACGGCACUCGUAUUGCCUCUGGCUCCGGCGAUGGGACGAUCCGAAUUUGGGACGCAGAAAGCGGGCAAGUCAUUUCCGGUCCAUUUGAAGGGCACAAAGACUAUGUAUGGUCUGUCGCUUUCUCGCCUGGCGGCGAACGCGUUGUUUCUGCAUCCGGGGAUGGGACAGUUAGGAUCUGGGACAUCGAGAGUGGACGGGUGAUUUCUGAGCCUUUCGAAGGGCAUAUCGGUACUGUUUUUUCCGUUGCUUUCUCCCCGGACGGGACGCAUGUCGUCUCUGGAUCGUGCGACAAAACUGUCAUGAUCUGGCACGUUGAAAGCGGACAAGCCGUCAAGCAUCUCGAAGGGCAUGUAGGCGUUGUGACUUCUGUUUCUUUCUCUCCUGACGGAGGGCACAUCGUCUCUGGUUCCCGUGACAAGACCAUUCGAAUUUGGGACUUCGUGAGCGGGCAGUCCAUUUGUGGUCCUCUCGAAGGCCACACAGACAUUGUCUUUUCAGUUGCUUACUCUUGGGACAAUAUACGUGUCGCCUCGGGCUCCCGAGAUGCCACAAUUCGAAUAUGGGACGCCGAGGGUGGGGAGUGUAUUUCCGACCCUUUCAUAGGCCAUACUGCUGCAGUAAAAUCCGUCGCUUUCUCACCGGACGGGAAACGCGUCGUCUCUGGUUCUGCUGACAAGACAGUUCGAGUCUGGGAUGUUGGAACUGGGCAGGUCGUUUCUGCGCCUUUCGAAGGGCAUACUGGCUCUGCAGAGUCUGUUGCAUUCUCCCCGGAUGGAACCCGCGUCAUCUCAGGCUCUGACGACUGCACGAUCCGCAUCUGGGAUGCCGAAAGCGAUGAGGCCAGUUCUGGGCGUCUUGAAAGACAUGCAGAGGAUAUAACUUCUGUUGCUAUCUCGCCCGACGGAAGACGCAUCGCUUCUGGCUCUGCUGAUAAAACUAUUCGACUCUGUGACGUUGAAAGUGGACGAUCUGUCUCAAGUCCCCUUGAAGGGCACUUAGGCACGGUCUGGUCUGUUGCCUUCUCGCCGGAUGGAAGACAUGUCGCUUCUGGCUCCGCCGAUCACACGAUCCAUUGGGUCUUGUCUGUCUGCUUCUCGCCUGACGGGAAGCGCAUUGCGUCCGGAUCCAGUGACGAAACACUCCGAAUCUGGGAUGUCAAGACUUCUGGCUCUUACGACAACACAAUCAUAAUCUGGAACGCUGAAAAUGGCGACGUAAUUUCCAGGCCGUUGAGGAGACACGAAGGUUGGGUUCUGUCAGUAGCCUUCUCACCCGACAGUACGCGUGUUGCCUUUGGUUCUGAUGACACAAUCAUCUCGAUCUGGGAUGUCGAGAGUGGAGAGAUUGUGGCUAGGCCUUUUGAAGGACACGCGUCGUCGGUUGUUUCCGUUGCUUUUUCGCCUUACGGAGACGAAAUUGUCUCUGGCUCUGAAGACGCAACAAUCCUAGUCUAG